CAUUAUAGAAUUAUAAUUAAUAAUAAUCUAGAAUUAUAAUUAAUAAUUAACAAUAAAAUAGAAAAGCUGUAUAGACUUAUUAGACAAAAAAAAAAGUAUAAUAUCACCAAUUAUAAAGUAUAGAGCCUAUAUUCGCAAUAUGAGAUCAUUUGCGAGAAAUUCAAGAAUAAUUACCGGAAGAAGACUAUUUUCAGUAUCAAUUCCAAAAUGGAAUAAUGUUACGCCAAUUGAAGAAUAUGAUAAACAAAUUAAAUCUGGAAGAUUAAGAGAUGAUCCAUAUCAAAGGAAAAUUAUCUCGAAUUUAUCUCUUUUGCAUGAAAAAUUACUUGAUUAUCAUCCUCCAGAAAUACAAGCACCAGUAAUUGAGAGUCUAGAACCUAAGUUUGAAGUUGGAUCUAUAUUUCGAUCAUUUUUAAGUAAUAGAGGGAAACUGAGGCAAGAUCAACCUAUUCAAUUUGCUGAGAAUGAAAUUAAAGGAAUCUAUUUAUACGGAGAUGUUGGAUGUGGGAAAACCAUGUUGAUGGAUUUAUUUUAUAAUACGAUUCCUAAGCAUUUACCCAAGAAAAGAAUUCAUUUUCAUCAAUUCAUGCAGCAUUUACAUAAGAGAUCUCACCAAUUAAAGCUUCAAUAUCGAGAAGAUACUGAUGUGAUUCCAAUACUUGCUAAUGAAAUCGCUAGUGAUUCAACUAUUUUAUGUUUUGAUGAAUUUCAAGUGACAGAUGUAGCUGAUGCAAUGUUAUUAAGAAGAUUGUUAAUGAUAUUAUUAAAUCCUGAUCAUGGGGUUGUAUUAUUUGCUACAUCUAAUCGUGCACCAGAUGAUUUAUACCUUAAUGGGAUUCAAAGAGUUUCAUUCAUUCCUUGUAUUCAAUUAAUUAAACUUCAAUGUCGAGUUAUUUAUUUGAAUUCUCCAAUUGAUUACAGAAAAAUUCCUCGACCAUUAUCAUCCAAUUAUUAUUUUCCUAAGCCGGGAGUUAAAUAUUUACUGCCAGUAAAUCAAGCUAAUUGUGAAAAGCAUAUUGAAAAUUGGUAUGAUUAUUUUAAUAGAAAGAAUGAUGAUAAAGAUAAAAAAUCACUUGAUUUACAAGUAUGGGGACGACCAUUAAAUGUUCCAAUCUGUUCACCACCUACAGUAGCUCAAUUUACAUUUAAACAACUUUGUGGAAAUAAAUUAGCAGCUGGAGAUUAUUUAACUUUAGCUCAAAGUUUUAAAUCAUUUAUUGUAACAGAUAUUCCAUAUUUAAGUAUAAAUGUUAGAGAUGAAGUUAGAAGAUUUAUUACAUUUUUAGAUGCAGUAUAUGAUAAUCAUGGAAAUUUAGCAGUAACAGCAGCUGCACCAUUUAAAGAUUUAUUUGUUGAACCAGAAGAUUUAAAGCAAGGUAACUUUCAAUUAUAUAAGAAACAACAAGAUAAAGGAGGUGUUGAAGAGACAUUUGAAGAUGAUGAAUUAGUAUUAAAACAUGGGUUUGAUAAAUCGAUUGCAAAGAAAGCUUCAAUGUUUGUCAAUGAUGAAGAGAAGUUUGCAUUUGCAAGAGCAUUAUCUAGAUUAAGUCAAAUGAGUACUACAGAUUGGAUUGAAGCCGAGAGAGACUAUUAAUGUAAGUAAAUACGGAUUUACUUAUCAUUUAUUAUUAUUAUUUAUUAUUAUUAUUUAUUAUUAAUUAUGUAUUACUAUUACUGUAGUGGUUCUGUAUUCGAUGAACUAUUUUGUAAUAAUUCCUUAAGCAUUAAUACAAAUAAAUCCUUUUGAAUCAUCAGUUUGCCAUUAGCCUCGUUAUCUAAUGUAUUAUCUUGAGAGGCUGUGACAUUGAUCUUUGAAGCUUUAAAAGACUGUUCUAAUCCUACUGCAUCAUAUUGCUAUCAUCAUUAUUCCAUCUCUUACUCAAUCCCAAAGUCAUUACAAAAGUUGAAAUCUUAUUGGUGAUAAAAUGGAAUAGACGUCCUAGUUUUAGAAGAUAUU